GAAAUGGCCCGUACUAAGCAGACCGCUCGUAAAUCUACCGGUGGCAAGGCGCCUCGCAAACAGUUGGCCACCAAAGCAGCUCGCAAGAGUGCGCCGGCCACUGGAGGAGUCAAGAAACCCCAUCGUUAUCGUCCCGGCACCGUCGCCCUUCGUGAGAUCCGUCGCUACCAAAAGUCGACCGAGCUUCUGAUCCGCAAGUUGCCAUUCCAGCGCUUGGUCAGAGAAAUCGCCCAGGAUUUCAAGACCGACUUGCGUUUCCAGAGCUCGGCCGUCAUGGCCCUGCAGGAGGCCAGCGAGGCUUACUUGGUGGGUCUUUUCGAAGACACCAACUUGUGCGCCAUCCACGCCAAGCGAGUCACCAUCAUGCCAAAAGACAUCCAGCUCGCUCGCCGUAUUCGUGGUGAACGUGCUUAA